GGCCUGCAUGACUGCGCCGGUGGUGUUGGCAUCUCCUCACUCUCAGCCAAGCUUGGAGUCUUUAUUUUUCCGGCAACCGACGGGGUCAUACCAGGAUAUGGCAGUAGCGCCAUGUCGAAACCUGGAGAAAUGCGAUGAUCGGUUCCCGGAACAAGCGCAGAGCCCCGCUGUACGUCUUGUACCGCCCAUGUUACUGGGGGCUCGGGUUAUCAGGCCCCGCCGCUGCUUGGCCGGCACACACUGGUGCAUGUGCAACCGGCUAUAUGAAGUCCAGGCCGUUUAACCUAGGCAUGUUCGUUACCCCCCAGAUCACGCUUCUGCAACUUCAAAAUGCGUCUCGGCACGCUGUUGUGCCAGCUCGUGUUAGCUUCUGCAACUACUUCCGCAAAAUGGAUCGUCCCAGGAGCGCGAUGGAGAGCGACCGACGGCUCACUUGUGAAUGCGCAUGCCGGAGGAGUAACUAGAGACGCUGGAACUGGAAAGUUCUUUUGGUUUGGAGAGUACAAGGUCCAAGGACAAGAAGAGGGUGGUGGUGUGAGCGUCUACAGCUCCAGUGAUCUUGUAACAUGGGAACCUCAUGGCCUUGCUCUGGAACCAAUUGAGGGUCAUCCGCACAUCUCAAACGAAGACAUUAUCCAAAGACCCAAGGUUGUUUACAGCGAGGCGACUCGCCAGUACCACAUGUGGUGGCAUGCCGAUAAUAGGACAUAUGGAGAGCUUCUUCAAGGCCUCGCUGUUUCCGACAACAUUACUGGGCCCUAUACCUAUGUCGAUGCCACGGCGCCUCUUGGAAACUGGUCGCAGGAUUUUGGAAUGUUUGUAGACCAAAAAGACGGGCGUGCAUACGCGCAGUACUCCAACGGCGACCGCCGAGAAGGGCGGGAUGUUUACCUCACGUCUUUCAAUGAGAACAUAACUGCGUUGGACGAGGUUGUUCACCGCUUUGACAAGUACGAUCUGGAAGCCCCCAACAUCGUUCAGACAGACAAGAGCUACUUUGCCCUCAUGUCUCACAAGACGGGAUAUCGGCCAAAUAAUGUGGUGGCAUUCCGUGCUGACUCACUUUCUGGUCCUUGGUCGCAACCCUUCAUCAUCGCACCCUUGAACACGCGCACUUUCAACUCGCAAUCGGGUUUCAACCUUCGAAUCAACGGUACCAAGAAGACAACCUAUAUUUACAUGGGAGAUCAAUGGGAUUCCAAUUCAUUGUGGGAAUCGAGGUACAUUUGGCUUCCGAUGGAGAUUAACGAAGAGGAAAAGUCUCUCGAGCUUGUAUGGCAUGAUGUCUAUGAUCUCAAUGUAGAGACUGGUGAAAUCACGCCGAUUGAAGGUACUACUUACUACAACAUGGAGGCGACAACGACUGGAAAGGCCUAUCACCAAGAAGCCACCUUUGCGAGCGACAAGACGAUUGUGACGGGCAUCUACGGCAAUGAUAGCAAAGCUACCUUUCACAACGUUGAAGGUAGCGGCAAGCCUCAAUGGGUCUCUUUCUACUAUCAAAAUACUGACGACAUGGGCUUCGGUGACCAGCCGGGUGGCACACCCGAUCGCAUCAAUGGAACAUGGCAGCUUCGUCGCAUCUCGAGCGUCAUUGUCAAUAACAAGACGGAGGAGCUCCAGACACUGUACCAGCGAGAUACUCACAAGGGCAUCAUUUUGAGUUCCCCGCUCAUGUUAAACUUGGACAAGGGGAGUCACAACACUAUUACUAUUGGCGGUCUAUACAACGGACAUGAUUACAAAGGUGCGGAUAUUGAUCGUAUUGUUGUCUAUCCGCCUGAAGAGUAA